GGAGGCGGAUGUGACGUAGCUGACUAAUCUCCCUGCGCUUCCUGUCUUCCUUCUUGGCUGUGACUCGGUAAGCCGAACCGAAUUUGUUCUGGGUCUCUCCGUCGGUCCCGUACUUGCAUCGUGAGGCUGUCCAGUGAGGCCCCGUGGGUUCUUUUGUCUCCGCCAAACCUGCUUCCAGUUUACCUCAUGAGUGACGGGGAGUGCGACUUCUUCUGCUUCUUCCGCUGCUGCUGAGCACCAAAGCAGCAGGGAGCUGUAGUCAUCCCAAGUGCCGAGGGCUGAUUGGUGCUGGGGGGGGGGCGCUAUUUGAGGGUGGGCCCAGGGGAAUGUCUGUAGACAUGAACAGCCAGGCCUCCGACAGUAACGAGGACGACAUCGGCCCCAACUCUGAAGAGGAGGAAGAGGACGAAGUCGGAGAGGAUGGGGACAUUGCAGACUACUACGAGGGUGUCGCCAGUGACGUGGAGCAGCAGGGGGCCGACGCCUUCGAUCCAGAGGAAUACCAGUUCACCUGUCUCUCCUACAGAGAGAGUCAGAAAGUUCUGGCCGAGGAUGUAAACAGGGUCGCCAGCGUCCUGAAGGUGUCACUUGCAGUAGCUAAGCUGGUCCUGGUUCAUUUUCACUGGCAGGUGUCCAUAAUACAAGACAGGUACAUGUCCAGCUCCUCCCAACUGCUGUGUGAAUCCCAGGUCCAGCUCCAUCCUGGCACCUACAGACCCAUGACAAUGCCCGGCCACUCCUUUCAGUGUGGGGUGUGUCUGCAGCAGGUGCGCAGGGAUGCUCUGCUCGCCUUGCCCUGCCAGCACUCCUUUUGCAAGGCAUGCUGGGAGCAGCACUGCACUGUGCUCGUCAAGGAUGGAGUGGGAGUUGGUAUCUCGUGCAUGGCCCAGGACUGUUCCCUCCAAAUACCAGAGGACUUUGUGCUCCCACUGCUGCACGGGGAAGAACUAAAGGACAAAUACAGACGCUACCUCUUCAGGGACUACGUGGAGAGUCACUGGCAGCUGCAGCUGUGUCCCGGAGCCGACUGUCCGAUGGUCAUCCAGGUGCAGGAGCCGCGGGCCAGGAGAGUGCAGUGUAGCCGCUGCAGUGAGGUCUUCUGCUUCAUGUGCCGUCAGAUGUACCACGCGCCCACGGACUGCGGAACCAUCCGGAAGUGGCUCACCAAGUGUGCGGAUGACUCCGAGACAGCCAAUUACAUCAGCGCGCACACUAAAGACUGUCCCAAGUGCAAUAUCUGCAUCGAGAAGAAUGGGGGCUGCAAUCACAUGCAAUGCUCCAAGUGCAAGCAUGAUUUCUGCUGGAUGUGCCUGGGAGACUGGAAGACCCACGGCAGUGAGUACUACGAGUGCAGUCGCUACAAGGAGAACCCCGACAUCGUGAACCAGAGCCAGCAGGCCCAGGCUAGGGAAGCACUCAAGAAAUACCUCUUCUACUUUGAGAGGUGGGAGAACCACAAUAAGAGUCUGCAGCUUGAAGCACAGACCUACCAGAGAAUCCAGGAGAAGAUUCAGGAGAGAGUGAUGAACAACCUGGGCACCUGGAUUGACUGGCAGUACAUGCAAAAUGCUGCAAAGCUAUUGGCUAAGUGCCGCUACACGCUGCAGUACACCUACCCCUACGCCUACUACAUGGAGUCUGGACCCCGCAAGAAGCUUUUCGAAUACCAGCAGGCGCAGCUGGAAGCUGAAAUCGAGAACCUGUCCUGGAAGGUGGAGAGAGCGGACAGCUAUGAACGGGGAGUUGGAGGAGGGGGGCUAAGUGCCAGCGACAGAGGGGACCUGGAGAAUCAGAUGCACAUCGCAGAGCAGCGGAGACGAACACUGCUCAAGGAUUUCCAUGACACCUGAAGCCCCUCUUCACUCAUUCAGCUUUUAGAGAUCAACAGCACCCCCUCUCACCCACCCCCCAAACCCCACCUCACCCUCUCCAUUCCCUGCUCUGGUCUUGUUUUGGUAUGGGUGCAUUUUUUUUUUCUCAUUUGGUUUAAUCCUGCUCCACCCCAUUCAUGACAUGAGACAGAUGGAGACACACGCACACAAGGACGCUCGCAGAAACACACUUGUACAAGGAUGCACGCAGAACACAAGACAUGCACCAAAACACGCACAUGCAAAGACGCGCACUGGCUUUUUAACAAGUAUCAAGCCGCCACUGAAGGGGCCGGCAGGGGAGACGGACGUGCUGCAGUGGCCAGGAGAAGCAGACUCUGUGAAAUCAGAGGCAGCACGACCUAACUGCUGUCCUGUCUCCAACCAUAACCCAGCUCUCUGCUCUCUCCCUUUCUCACACAUUGUUCAUUAUUAUUUUUUGAAAUGGUUGUUAAUAGAAAUAGAUCAUUUAAAGGGUUAAAAAAAAAGGAAAAAUGUAAUUUUCAAAGGUUGUACAUUAAUACAGAAAUAGUUACUGAGAGUUUUUAAACAA